AUGAGAAGCUUAUUACAACAAUGCUGCUACUUCACCGCCAGUUUUCUCUUGCUGGUUGCAUUUCAGUCGCGGUUGACUAUCAAUCAGGUGACUGCAGCCACCUCCGAGAAAGAGAUAUUGCUUCAAUUCAAAGGUAACAUCACAAGUGACCCUUACAAUAGUUUGAUUUCAUGGGAUUCUAGUACAGAUCAAUGUAGAGAUUACAGUGGUGUGUUUUGUGAUUCUUUUGGGAAUGUAUAUAAGAUUGUGCUAUGGAACACUAGUUUAGGUGGUGUGUUGUCGCCGGCGUUAUCUGAGUUGAAAUCCUUAAGGAUUCUGACCCUCUUUGGGAACAGAUUCACCGGAAACAUACCACCGGAGUUUCAAGAACUCACCACUUUAUGGAAGAUCAAUGUCAGCUCCAAUGCCUUAUUUGGGCCAAUCCCUGAGUUUUUAGGGGAUUUACCCAACAUCCGAUUUCUUGAUUUGUCCAAAAAUGGAUUUGAAGGACAGAUUCCAUCAUCUUUGUUUAGGUUUUGUGAAAAAGUUAAAUUCAUUUCACUCUCCCGAAACAAUCUCACGGGCUCGAUUCCUGCCUUCAUCAGCAAUUGCUUGAAUCUUGAGGGGUUUGAUGUAUCAUUCAACAGUUUGAAUGGUGGAUUCCCUUCAGAAGUUUGUGAAAUCCCAGGCCUAGUUUACUUGUCUUUGAGGAACAAUCUGUUAACUGGAAGUGUUGAAGAACAGGUCUCAAGAUGUCAAAGGUUGGAACUUUUGGAUCUUGGCAGCAAUCUUUUCACUGGGAUUGCACCUUUUCGUGUUCUUGAAUCAUCGAAUCUGAGCUAUUUCAAUGUUUCUUAUAACGCAUUCGAAGGACAGAUUCCUGUAACUCAAAGUUGUAGUGAAAAGUUAGAGGUUUUUGAUGUUGCUGGCAACGGUUUUCAAGGAGAGAUCCCGAUGAGCAUUGUUUCACAAUGCAGUGGCUUGAAGGUUUUAGACAUUGGGUAUAACAGAUUAAAUGGUGAAAUCCCAGUUGAGAUUUCAAAGUUAAAAAGACUUACUGUGAUUAAAUUGGGAAAUAACUCAAUAAAUGGCGAAAUCCCGGAAGAAUUUGGCACGAUCGAGCUUCUCCAAGUUCUUGAUCUCCAUAACCUCGAUCUUGAGGGCGGAAUUCCAGAUACCUUGAGCAAUUGCAGGUUCCUUCUAGAACUGGAUGUUUCAGGAAAUUCUUUACAGGGACAAAUCCCGGAAACACUUUACAACAUGUCCUACCUUAGAAUUCUUGAUCUUCACAAAAACAACCUUAACGGAAUCAUACCGCCAACUCUAGGAAAUCUCUCUAGAAUCCGGACAUUAGAUCUGUCUGAAAAUUCGUUAUCCGGGUCAAUCCCAUCUUCUUUAACGAAUCUGUCAAAUUUGAAUCAUUUCAAUGUCUCCUACAAUAGCCUAGCGGGUCCGAUCCCUUCAUUUUCAUUGCAAAAUUUCGAUUCCUCGGCCUUUUCUCAUAAUCCAGGACUCUGUGGAGCCCCGUUGGAUCAAUCUUGCUCUGGCGAUUCGACAAAUUCUAAAUCAAGAAGGCCAAAAUUAAGCGUUUCCACCAUCGUUGCCAUUGUUGCUGCUUCAUUGAUCUUGACUGGAGUUUGUCUCAUAACCAUCAUGAACAUGAAAGCUCGAAGAAGAAGGAGAAGAAGAGAAGAUGAGACGAUGAUCAUUGAGAGCACACCAUUGGCAUCAUCAGAUUCUAAUCUCAUCAUUGGAAAAUUGGUUCUUUUUAGCAAAACUUUGCCAUCGAAAUAUGAAGAUUGGGAGGCGGGGACUAAAGCUUUACUCAACAAAGAUUGCUUGAUUGGCGCGGGAUUGAUCGGAACUGUAUACAGAGCAGAUUUCGAAGGUGGGAUUUCCAUUGCGGUUAAAAAGAUUAAAACUUUAGGAAGAAUCAAGAACCAAGAAGAAUUCGAGCAAGAAAUCGGACGGUUGGGGACUCUUCGACACCCGAAUCUUGUAACUUUUCAAGGGUAUUACUGGUCAUCUAGUAUGCAGUUGAUCUUAACCGAUUUUGCCUCCAACGGAAACCUCUACGAUAAUCUACAUGGGGUUGGUUAUCCCGGGACUAGCUCCGGUGCUGGAAACCGCCAGUUAACUUGGCCACGGAGGUUUCAGAUUGCUCUAGGGAUGGCUAGGGCGUUAUCGUAUCUUCAUCAUGACUGUAAACCUCAGAUUCUUCAUCUCAAUCUGAAAUCAACUAACAUUUUGUUGGAUGAGAAUUACGAACCGAAACUUUCAGAUUAUGGGUUAGUCAAGUUGCUGCCUUUGCUCGAUAGUUACGGUUUAACCAGAUUCCACAAUGCGGUUGGAUACGUUGCACCCGAGUUGGCUCAGAGUAUGAGAUUGAGUGACAAAUGUGACGUGUAUAGUUUUGGUGUGAUCUUGUUGGAAGUGGUUACAGGGCGGAAGCCGGUGGAAAGCCUUGGCGGACAUGAGGUGGUUGUUUUAUGCGAAUAUGUUCGGAGUUUGAUCGAUAGGGGACAAGCCACGGAUUGUUUUGACAGAAGUUUGAAUGGUUUUGUGGAGAAUGAAUUGAUUCAAGUAAUGAAGUUGGGAUUGAUUUGCACCUCUGAAUCGGCUUUGAGGAGACCGAGCAUGGCCGAGGUUGUUCAGGUUCUCGAGUCCAUACGGUCGGGAUCGGAAUCGGAAUCAUAAUCGAUGGUUGGGCAUGCAUAGAAGGUUGUGAUGAGUUGAUUUAGAAGAAGAAGAAACAUUCUUUUGUAUUCACUUUGUGAUUAACAUUAUUGAUUGUUUGUUGCAUUUGCCAUCAAUAAGAUUCUUUAAUUAUUGUUU